GGGGUGGUUAGGUCUACGUCAUCGGCGUGCAAAGGCUGCCGGUGACAUUCAGUAACCCGGUCACAGAAGCAGGCAGCGCCGUGCAUGGAGAUCCCCGCAAGCUGAAACGCAUCGCCAAGGCUUCACUGCAUCCGCGGGGACGACACGAAACACGGCGCACAUCCCUGUCUCAGCACCAUGUCUGUAGCCGGGCUGAAGAAGCAGUUCCACAAAGCCACUCAGAAAGUGAGUGAGAAGGUUGGAGGAGCAGAAGGGACCAAAUUGGACGAUGAAUUCAUGGACAUGGAAAAGAAAGUGGACGUCACCGCUAGAGCAGUGUUAGAUAUAAUGACCAAGACAACAGAAUACCUGCAACCCAAUCCAGCAUCCAGAGCCAAGAUGAGCAUGAUCAACUCCAUGUCCAAGAUCAGGGGUCAGGAGAAGGGCCCGGGGUACACACAGGCCGAAACCGUGCUUGGCGAGUCCAUGCUGAAGUUCGGCAGGGAGCUGGGCGAGGAUUCCAACUUUGGGCUGGUUCUCUUAGACACUGGUGAGGCCAUGAAAGAGCUGGGGGAGGUGAAGGACUCCCUGGACAUAGAAGUGAAGCAGAACUUCAUCGACCCACUGCAGAACCUCUAUGACAAAGACCUGAAGGAAAUACAGCACCACCUGAAGAAGCUGGAGGGUCGGCGACUCGACUUUGACUACAAGAAGAAGAGACAGGGCAAAGUGCAGGAAGAUGAGAUCAAGCAAGCCCUGGAAAAGUUUGACGACUCCAAAGAGAUCGCCGAGCAGAGCAUGUUCAAUUUGCUAGAAAGUGAUCAGAUCGAGCAGGUGAGCCAGCUGGCCGCACUGGUGCAGGCCCAGCUGGACUACCACAGACAGGCAUCUGAGAUCCUGCAGCAGCUCAACGGCAAGAUCGAGAACAGGAUAAGAGAUGCUUCUGCUAAGCCCAGGAAAGAGUACGUUCCCAAGCCCCGCACCAGCAUGGACCUCUACACCAGCGAGAACCAAAAUGGAGGCCCAGGCUACCAAGGCUCCGCCAAGUCUCCACGCAGGUCUCCAGCCCCCAUGGACCAGCCCUGCUGCCGUGCGCUGUAUGACUUCGACCCGGAGAACGAGGGGGAGCUGGGCUUCAAGGAGGGUGACAUCAUCACCCUGACCAACAAGAUCGACGACAACUGGUACGAGGGCAUGCUGCACGGCCAAUCCGGCUUCUUUCCCGUCAACUACGUGGACAUCCUGGUGGCACUUCCGCACUAAUCUCUCUCCGGCACGGUGACCUCGCUCACCAACGGCGCAGCUGUGAAGAAGUUAACACCUUCUGCAUACAGCACAGAAUAUUAAAGAUAAAACAUAAUCACACCUCACCAUCAAAUUAGUGUACAUGUGCAGUGCAUACAUUAAUUUCUUUUCGUUACCAUUUCCCUCCCCAAAAGACAUCCACAACGCCCCCACCCCACUUUUCCGCCUUUACUUGUGUUCAUUUGGUUGCACCAUGCGGAUCACCAGUGUGUCCUCUCUUCACAUGAUCAAAAAUGACACCAGGAACUUGCAGGCUUUGAAAUGAGACAUCUGGGGUGUCGAAACUACCGGAUUCAGGUCUGAGAAAUGCUUUUCUGAGAUCGAUACAUUUGUGUCAAUAAACAUGAACCAAAAAAAAUGUAAGGGUAUACAAUUUAGCUCUUGCAUGCUCCAUACGAUCCCUCUGAUAACGAUCCCCACUGCGUUUCGCUUGUUAAUAUCUUUGCGGUCUGUUAUUUGCACACAGAACGUUGUCGCGUCUGUGUCCCGUGUAUCAAUAUGCUCUACCUUCAUUCCUGAAAUGACACCCCGCAUCAUUCCUGAGUUCUAAGCACAUUCCACAUGAUGCAGGGGCUGGAACCUGACCGGAAUUCAGUCAGGACUGAUUGGAAUGUAAGUCCCACUCCCACCUGCAUGGCAGAGACACUGGAGCUGUUGCCCAUGAAAUUGCAACGAGUUAGGAAAAGAGUAGGUGCUUUUAUGUGAAGAACCUUAUCAAAAGGUAAAAUUUACACUGCUUCGCAAAAGGUGUCAGUACCAUGUGGUGUGUUUCUGUGCAUUUCUCCUGACCACACGUAUUCGUAUGGGACAGUGAUAGCGUACUGUGAAUAUUAAUUUUUCAGACGUGGAAUGAGAUACUAAUUAUAUAAAAAUUUGUAAGUGAUGUGCAAAAUUUCGAGAAACACUGUCUUAAAGCAAAUAACAAAACACGUCAAUGGUUAAAAAUGAUCUAUUUGUGAAACUGAUCUAUGUAUUGUAUUGUAAAGAUAUCAUAUUUUUGAUUAUUGACGUAACUAUGUACCCUGCAGCCGAAAAAACAAUGGUUUUCUUCCACUGGCUACGUGUUAGUUGAGCCAAAUACUAGUUUUACCGUCAUCCAGCAUUCAAAGUUUUGGGUUAUUCUCGAAAUAAACUGUCAAAGGACCAUUGUAUAUGUUAGGGACAUACAAUCAGGGGUGCCAUAAAGUGGGAGGGGCGGGGAUUAAAAUGAUUAGGACUAAGUGACAAGGGCCGAUAAAAAUUGGAACAUGAUUGGAUUGGUCUGAGUUGCGGGCCCAGUUUCAUAUGCUUUCAACUGUUGUGGUGCCCCUGCAUCCAACAAGAACAACGAAAAAUCAAGGAUUUUAGCAAUGACUGAACAAUGUACAAAAAGCAUUAGCAGCUGAAUCACGAUGCCACCUGUUCUGUAUGUCUCUCGCUGAUCAGUGCUUGAUACUCCUGGGUAAAUUCAAGCAUCUUGGAAAAACAUUUACUGUAUAUUGGCUUCCAACACGUACUCUAGUCUUUGAGCAUGUAAAUGAACUUCUAAAAUGGGUUAAUAAUUAAAAACUGUUUUGCUUUGAAGAA